UGAGCCUACACGUUCAAUCUCCGGCUGUUAUCACUUCGGCCCUCGUCUCACGCUUCGGCACUGAUAUGGCCAUCACUGGGGUACUGAGAGCUACGCCGGUCUGUCGCAGGCUGCCCAGAUUUGUCUUUGGUCUGUCCACGCAAUUGACUGCGUGGAUGGACAGGCUGCAUAGUACGGCAGAGUCACUCCUAGUGGGCCCAUUCUCAUCAGGCUGAAGCCAUUGAUACUAGUUAUAUAUGUCCGAUCAUUGCGGCUGAGACUGAGCGCGGCUCAACGUUUUUGGCUUCACCUCACUUGAUCUUUUGGAAUAAAAAUCCUCAUCAUGGACCAGUUGGCCCCCGAAUUGGUGGACCAUCUCUGUCUAUUCCUAGACAAACCAUCCCUUUGCUCUUUUCGCCUCACGUGCAGGGCAUUUGGUGUCAUAGCCGAGGAACAUCUCUUCCGCGACUUCGAGUUUCGCCUCUACCCCGAUCAUCAUAGAUUGUAUCAGUUAGAACAACUGGCAGCAAGGCCCUCGAUUGCGUCUCGACUGCGCUGUGUCUCCUUCGAGUCUGGUAUCCAGCUGGAAUAUGCUGACUAUCGAUAUUGGCAGGCUGGAGUAUAUCACGACAAACAGAAUGCUUGGGAGCGAAGCCUUGUUGGAGCCACCAGGGACGAGUACACGCAGUUUCACGAGCGUCUUCAAGCCCGGUUUACCACGGACUUGGCUCGCCGUUAUGAUCUAUACCGUUGGCAUCUCGAUCAACAGGCAGCAUCCAUGGCUGAAUCACGCGUGAGAAACAUCCUGAUGCGGAUCAUGGGCACGCUCAAGCAGUCAAGCCCCAGGUUGCGACUCAAGCUGAUCAUGGCCGAGCCUCAAAUUCGGCUGGAAGAGCUUGAGGCGUUCGAUCCUGAGCAGUACGCCAGCGACAAACCCUAUGAUCCCGACCCUCGUCGCAGGGUUGCAAAUCGUCGCCAACAUUGCCUGGACCAUUUCAUCAACUUCCUCCAGGCGGCGAAGCUUGCGGGGUGUGAAGUCGCCGAUCUCACAGCCAUCGACAUCCCGCAGCAACUUCUCAGCGUCGGUACUAUUCACGGCUCCCAAGUGCUGGAUGAGACCUUCCAGGAGCUGAAGAAACUCCACAUGAAAAUCAGUUCUUUUCCUCACAGUGACUGGCUUUCUCGCAGUGGGACUGGCGAGAUAUACUUCGGUGGGAGGAAUCUGGCUGCAAGAAGGCUCAGGAUGUUGUUAAACCACCCCUCCGAGUUGGAGCACUUGGACUUAGAGUUCCCAGCAGGACUCGAGGCCGAGUACUCGUUCGAUCUUUUUGAUAGGACGAACAUCGACCGCUUUCCCCGGUUGUGGUUGCCGCAUCUUAAGUCUCUCAGACUGUGUCUUUUCAGAUGUACCUGGCCAGACUUGGCGGCGCUUCUGGAUGGGGGUAAGAACCUCAACGCAUUGGUGAUGAAGGAUUGUCGACUUGAGACAGGGUCAUUGAUAGAUUUGCUGGAGCAUCUCCGCAAGAAACGUCUUCGCAGGGUUCAGUUGCUUGGGACUUGGUAUGUGGAUGAGGACUGCGGUGAAUGGCAUUCUCACAGUGAAGAAGAUUUCACCAGUUGCUUUGCAGCAAACUCGUACGAGGGUCCCUAUGCCCACACAGGCAUGCGGUCGAAGAUAGAGGGAUUCAUCAAUGGGAAAGGGGAAUGUCCCUUGCCACGGUGGACAACAGAAGACGACCCCCCUCAGUUAUGGGAGAACGAGUCUGACACGAGCUGGCACUUCAUCCCGGGACAACCUCAUCACUAGACAUGUGCACUGCCAUGUUCAAAUCCCUCAGGCAGUGCAAGGCAAGGCACGAGGCGACGCGAUGCUGCCUUCACCACAUUGAUUCGCGUCGCAGGCAAAACAACUACGAGCUGACUACUGCUCGCUCAGUUUCAGCCUCUCUUGUAUAUACCUGAGUAUUUGAGAUACCACUCUAGCGUCGUUGGAGCUCGCUCGUCCCUGCCAAUCUCGCCGACCUCGCCGAGCGACUGCUACUGUGGGCCGACC